UUUCACACAAAAGCAAGCGUACUUAAAUCCUAUACUGCUCUUUGGGCCUAGAAUCUAGAUCGAUCCUAUGGCUGGACCGGGCUUUUGUCUCGACAGUCAGUUUCACUUCACACGCUGACAAACGAGAGUCCACGGUAUUUAAAAUGCAGUCGCCCUCACCUAACCACUGUCUCCAAUAUUUAUGACACUCCUCAACCUCCCAAACAAAAACCAAUCUGCUCUCCCUCUCCUUUUUCCCUCCUCUGUCUCUCUCCCUUACCCCUCUGCUUCUGUCAGAAAGACCUCUGAGAAUUUUUUACCCCCACCAAAUUAAGAAAAUACCAAUAAUGAAAAAACUCUGAGAAUGGCGGACCAUCCUACUGCUACCUUCCCCCCCUACCCUUUUCACCUUAUUGCCUUUGCUGUUAAUAGCCCACCCACUCCUCCCCAGCAGAUUUGCUUUGCUUCCCCCUUCAAAAGGCUAAGCUAACUAGCUAGCUCACUCCAUUUCCCACUCUUUCUUCGCCUGUUCUUCUUCUUCUUCCUUUCUCUCCGAUGGCUGCCGCGCUGGAAUGCUGGUCGAGCCGGGGGAGCACCGACGAGGACUUGGUGGAGCAGGUUCUGAUGCGGUCCCACGACAGAUCGGAGGCGGGCUCGGCCGGCGUCGCCGAUCACGAGAGGGACUCCUCCGCCGCCGCCUCAUCGGAUAAGAGGAAGCGGUUCCAGAGGCUGAGCAGGAACGUCUCCGAGGCCAUUGCCUCGCUUAAGAACACCCUCAACCUCGAUUCCAUCAGGGACGGGAACUCGUUUUUGAUGAAUCAGCAGCAGCAGGGGAUUAGUGCUGGUGGUAAAGGGAAGGCUGAGAGUUGCCGGAAAGUUGUGUGGGCUACCGUCGUACGGAAUCUCACCCAGUUGUACCCAGGGAGUCAGCUGCCGGAGAAGCUCGUUUCCAAUAUUAAGAAGCAUUACGAUUCCUUGCCUUUGAGUUACUCACAGGCGGAAUUUGAUAUGAAGGAGGUGUUUCUACACAUGAAGUUGAUCGAGCAGGCAUUGGCGGAUGAUCAUCCUGCAAUCAUGCUCCAUGAGAUUUCUGACGAUGAGGUACAUGGUUCUGUAUUCAAGCUCACAUUUGCUUGCAAUUCAUCGAUUUCCUGGCCUGCGAUGUCCGGUGCAUUGGACAGUGCUUCCAUAUGUUGCAAGAAGAUACAGAUCUUUGAAAAAAAGGGGUUUACUUUAGGGGUCAUUCUUCUUUUGGUUCAAGCUGGUCAAGAGAAAUUGUUCAAAACCCGGAUCGAGAGCGCUCUAAAAUUCGCGGCAAAGAAGCCUAAAUCAGCAACGGUGAAGCUCCCCUUUGGGCUUUGCGGGUGCCAGGAAGAGAAUUCAAAAAGGAGAGACUUUGGCGAGAUUGAAGAGGAUCCCUGUGAUCUAAGUUACAGAAAUGGAAUUGAGAACGUAGGAAAUGUCAAGAUUCAACUUGACAUGCCCUUGCCUAGUUCAUCUUUUGUUGUUUCAGUUAAUGAAUGGCAAACGAUCCAAUCAGGUGGUGAUGAGCUUGGAAAAUGGCUUCUGAAUUCUGAUAAUCUCGAGUUCACUGACCAGGUUGGACCGACCUCUUUUAAGGGAGUGUUCAGGGGCAAAAGGGUUAGAAUUGAGAAGCUAAAAGGGUGUGAAAAAGGGAACUCAUAUCAGUUUGAGCUGCGAAAUGAUCUACUGAAGCUAAUGACUUGUGGGCAUAAGAAUAUUCUGCAGUUUCAUGGCGUUUGUGUUGAUGAAAAUCAUGGAUUGUGUGUGGUGACGAAACUGAUGGAAGGUGGUUCUGUUAAUGAACUCAUGUUUAGGAAUAGAAAGCUCCAAGCUAAAGACAUGUUUAGGAUUGCUGUGGAUGUAGCAGAAGGGCUUAAAUUCUUGAAUGAUCAUGGAGUGGCUUAUAGAGAUCUGAACACUCAAAGAAUUUUGUUGGAUAAACAUGGGAAUGCUUGCUUGGCGGACAUGUGUAUUGUGGCUGCCUGCAAGGAUAUGGGUGAGGCUCUGGAGUAUGAAACUGAUGGUUACCGCUGGCUAGCCCCUGAGAUCAUAGCAGGCGACCCAGAGUCUGUUGCUGAGACAUCGAUGAGCAAUGUGUAUAGUUUUGGAAUGGUGAUUUGGGAAAUGGUUACCGGUGAGGCUGCCUACGGCUCAUAUUCCCCUGUGCAGGCUGCAGUUGGCAUAGCUGCAUGCGGCCUUAGGCCUGAGAUCCCAAAGGACUGCCCACAAAUUCUCAAGUCUCUGAUGAUCAAGUGCUGGAACAAUGUCCCGUCUAAGCGGCCUCAGCUCAGUGAAAUUCUCUCAAUUUUGCUCAACACGUGUAGGUAAAAAGUUCAUCAGAACAAAUAUAUAGUGUAGUUAUUAUGAUAAAGACUUGGUGUAGAGAAUAUCCCCUUAUCAGAUAGGUGAAUGCCAUGCAUGCAUGACUUAAGAUUUUCAAAAGUUGUUUACACAGAAGAAAAUGAAGGUAGAUGGUCUUCUGGUUGUUUGUCCUCCCCCAUAUAUCACGGGAAAGGAAGGGGGAAAAAAAGCUUAUAAGUUGUCACAUAUGUUUUCACUUUAGUGUGUCUGCAGCUAUGAUGUAUGUAUCUAACAUGCCGGCAACUUUAAGUGGGGAGUAUCAAGUUUCCUAGUCAUUUUUACAAGAGGCUGGGGUUAUUAGUUUGGCAUAAAGAGGGUGGAAAACAUGUAAAGCAAGAGACUUGGUGGUGCUGUGGUGGGCCUUUUGUGCUUGUCUUGUGGCUUAGCAAAGGGAACAGAAAUCUGGCCCUUCUUUGUCUUUCGGUCUAGUGGGAAAUGGAAAUUAACAUCAUCUGUAACUUCCUUUUUGCCAUCCAAUUCUGGUUCAACUUUCAACAUCAGCAUCACCUUUUGCUAUCCAUUUUCACUCUUUUGUCUUUAGGGUUUGGAAGUAUGGAUAUAAUUCUUGAUUCCUCUUUUGUCUGUCGAUUUUCCCAUGAGGUCCUACUUUGGUAGGUAGCAUGGUUCCUUCAGCUGCUACUGACUGGUUGAUGUAUCCUACGUGUUCAUUGUUCAUGCCUUUGAGAGAGUUUCUGUUAUAUAUUGCUUCUUCUGCUUUGUUUGAUGCAACCAUUUUAUUGGUUUAAGUGGGGGUGGUGGGUCCUAUCGUAAUUGGGACAUUGAGAUUAUGUAGAAUGAAAUGAUUGAUCCAAGUGGGUGAUUAAGAUUAAAGGUACAGAUCUGGGAUCCCCUUGAUUGAAUCAUAGAUCUGAGAGGAAGGCUUCUACUUUCUGCUGUGCAUGCAUCCAGAGGCAAAAAGUUCGUGCAUGAAAUAUCCUCUUCUGGGGACUGUGUUCAUAUCAAGAAUCAUGCUUGCGGGUUUUGUUUGGAUAUGGAGAUGUUCAGUUCAGAUUUAGAUCCAUGCCUUUGUUGGAAAAGGAGGCAUAUGUUUUUUGGAGAGAAACUCAGAUUGAAGAAGGAAAGUCAGGAAUGGAUGGCUGGGCUGAUGCACAUGCUUGUGAUCUUGGUAGGGCCAUAUGUAGGCACCCGGUGGAGCUCAAUCGAUGAAAAUAAAUUUCUUCCCAAUUAGAUCCGCAAAUGAGUUAAGAGUGGUUAUACUUAGUUCAGAUAGUGAAACUCGCAAGUUAGUUUGACUUGGUGACUCAUUUAGCUCAGUUCCUGAGUGGAUUCGACAAUGUGUGUAGCGAUGUAGUUUGACUAGUUGUUUAUUAGUUAAUUGAUUAUAUUUUAUGAGUUGGCUUGUUGAUAGUUUAUAGACUUAUUAGAUUAUAUAUUUCACAUAUGAUGGUUUAAAACUUUGCCUACUUGUUAUAUAUAUAAAAAAAAACUGUGUACUUGGCCAAAAUAAGUCUUAUUUAUAAUU